UUGGAUGUUUUGGGAAGAAAACAUACAAAAAGAAAUAAAGAAAGAGAAAAGAAAAGAGACGACAGGCAGAAGGGUUCUUCCUCUGCCUCUCCUACUAACGUUGAAUCCAACAAGAGAGAGAGGGAGAGAGCUAUCACUCUCGCAUUUUCACACGCCUAGGAAUCUUAUUUAUAUUUGUCAUUCACUUUAUCCUUCGCAAUGACAAAGUACAGGCCUUUUGGUUUUUUACAUUGAUUCAAGCUCUGCAUCAACGAAAUCCAUCUGGGUGCCUCCAGAUUUUCUCUCAGGUCCUUGUCUUGAGAAAUAUUUCAGGGAUCCAAGUUACAGCGAAUUUGGAGGAUUUGAAGCCUCUAGGCCUCUGAUUCAUGGGAAUUUGCUGUGCAAAACCUACCUCUGCCUCUGAGAGGCAGAAUGGGAAAAAGAAGGAGAAGGAUAAUCCAUUUUUUGAUGGUAAUUUUGCUGCUACUAAUGGAUCUGGGGGUGUACACAAGCUAUGGGUCUUGAAAGACCCUACUGGCCGUGACAUCUCAGCCCAAUAUGAUCUAGGUCGUGAGGUUGGUCGGGGUGAAUUUGGGAUAACGUAUUUGUGCACUGAUGUAAACACGGGUGAAAAGUAUGCUUGUAAGUUAAUUUCUAAAAAGAAGCUUAGGACUGCAGUGGAUAUUGAAGAUGUCAGGAGGGAGGUAGAAAUUAUGAAACAUUUUCCAAAGCAUGCCAAUAUUGUGUCACUAAAGGAUACUUAUGAAGAUGAUACUGCUGUGCACAUUGUGAUGGAAUUGUGUGAGGGUGGAGAGCUGUUUGACCGGAUUGUUGCAAGGGGCCAUUACACAGAACGUGCCGCUGCUGCAGUUAUGAGGACUAUUGUUGAAGUUGUUCAGAUGUGCCAUAAGCAUGGAGUCAUUCAUCGUGAUCUAAAGCCAGAGAAUUUUCUUUUUGGAAAUAAGAAGGAAACAGCCCCUUUAAAGGCAAUUGAUUUUGGGUUGUCUGUAUUCUUUAAACCAGGUGAGAAAUUCAAUGAAAUUGUGGGAAGUCCUUAUUACAUGGCACCAGAGGUUCUCAAACGUAAUUAUGGCCCUGAGGUUGAUGUCUGGAGUGCUGGAGUUAUCUUAUACAUUUUACUUUGUGGUGUUCCACCGUUCUGGGCAGAAACCGAGCAGGGUGUAGCACAGGCAAUCAUUCGUUCUGUCAUUGAUUUCAAGAGGGACCCAUGGCCAAGAGUAUCUGAUAAUGCCAAGGACCUGGUGAAAAAAAUGCUUGAUCCUGACCCCCAGCGGCGGCUAUCAGCUCAGGAAGUGCUUGACCAUCCUUGGUUACUAAAUGCUAAGAAGGCUCCAAAUGUUUCACUGGGUGAGACUGUGAGAGCAAGGCUCAAACAAUUUUCUGUAAUGAACAAGCUAAAGAAAAGAGCUUUAAGGGUGAUAGCUGAGCAUUUAUCAGUGGAGGAAGUGGCUGGCUUAAAGGAUGCCUUUAAUAUGAUGGACACUGGUAACAAAGGCAUGAUUAACCUUGAGGAGCUUAGGGUUGGGUUACAAAAGCUUGGCCAGCAGAUACCUGAUGCUGAUCUUCAAAUCCUUAUGGAAGCAGCUGAUGUUGAUGGUGAUGGAGCCCUGAAUUAUGGAGAGUUUGUUGCAGUUUCAGUUCACCUAAAGAAGAUGGGCAAUGAUGAGCAUCUACAUAAAGCAUUUUCAUUUUUUGAUCAAAAUGAGAGUGGUUACAUAGAGAUUGACGAGCUCCGAGAUGCUUUGAAUGAUGAAACUGAUACGUCUAGUGAGGAAGUUAUCAAUGCCAUUAUGCAGGAUGUUGACACGGACAAGGAUGGACGCAUUAGUUACGAGGAGUUUGCUUCAAUGAUGAAGGCUGGUACAGACUGGAGGAAAGCAUCUCGGCAAUAUUCACGUGAAAGAUUCAACAGUCUGAGCCUGAAGUUGAUGAGGGACAGCUCGUUACGGGUAGAAUCUUAA